CCAACACUGGAAUGUGUGUUUUUUGAGUUCAAAAUUUCUGCAAAUAGAAAGAUAUAAUAGGAAAAAUGGCAAAUAUUUUAUAAUAAGCAAACGCUGCACAGUCGAUAUUGGACAUAAAUAAGUUUUCUAUCAUUAAACUUUUCGUGUAGAAAUAUAGAAAUAUGCGAUCUGUUACCGAGCCCGAUCACAGCAUCCAGCUUAAUGAAGCCAUCCAAUGCUACGAGAUCUGCACCAAUGACUUUGCCUACAACCUAAUCGCAGUGGCUUUCAGAAAACACUUGAGUCUGCUGCUUGUUGGACUGCCGGAGGAGAGCGGCGAGUUCGGGUACACACACCUCCAGGACUUGGACCUGGCCGAUAAGGAACAGCUGUGCGUGAGUGCACUGGCCUUUUCGCCGGACACCUCGCUCAACUGCACGCCCAACAAUGUGACUUUGUGUGCGGCCAACGGCAGCCAGCUAAAACUAUUCCGCACCGAUCUGGGCCAGUUCAGCACGCUCCAGGUGCUCCGUGGGCAUGCGGACUACGUCAACGAUGUGUCCUGGGUUUGCGAGGGCGAACUGUUGGCCUCCGUCAGCGAUGACUUCACCUGCAGAUUCUGGACGACGGCUGGCGGCGGGGAGAAUGUCAUAACCUUUUGCCUGUCCUCCGCUGGAAUGUCUGUCAGAAGUCACCCCGAGGAUCCCAACAAGGUGCUUGUGGCGGAGAAGAAGGGCAUCAUUCAUCUCUACAAUGUAACGAUCAAGCAGACAGUCAUCUCAGUGGAGUCGCCCAAAUUCCCCCUUAUGUCUGCUGACUGGGCCCACAGCAACAGGCUUUUCAUCACCUCGCUGGCCGGCGGGGAUGUGGUCACCUGGGAUCUGAACAGACCCUAUGUGCCCGCGGAUGUCAAGCAGGUCCACGAGGAUUGCGGCCGCGUUGUGCGCUUUGCGCCUGGCAGCUCCGAGAUGGUCAUUGCCAUGAUCAUCGGGCUAACACUCAAGGUGUUCGCGGCCAAGUCGACGGUUCCUUUGCUGGAGGCUUCCCUGAAAUCCUACGGCGGAAUGGUCUGGCACCAGCGAUUGCCGUACAUUAGUGCGGUCUCAGAUAGGAAGCUGCUCUUUUGGAAAGUGCAAAUGAAGUAAUUUAUUAAAAUAAUAUAAAUAAUAAACAAAUGUCGUUAGUG